UUUCAACAAUUCAUUCCUUAUUUCUUCCGCCCUGGAAAUGUGAAAAUCCCCUUUCUAUAAACCCUAAUUCCAUCGCCAACAGAUUCCCAUCUUUUUUCAUCUUCAAUCGAAAAUAUGGAUUCUAGCAGCCGCCCAUUAAUUGCGUUGUUUCUCAUAGUCGGAUCAAUCUUAACUUCGGCGGAGGACAAUGCCCUAUUCGGCCGAUACAAAUCUUCGCCGACGGCAGAAUUCUACGACAUCCUCACGUCCAACGGUUUGCCAAUCGGCAUUUUCCCCAAGGGGAUUUCGGAAUUUAGCAUCGACCCUGUCUCCGGACGUUUCUUUCUGCGUUUGAUGCCUCCUUCUCCGUGCGACGCCAAAUUCGAGACUCGGGUGAGGUACCAACGCGAGAUUUCGGGCGAACUGAAUUACGGAAGGAUCGCAAAUUUGACUGGAGUUGCGGCCGAAGAGCUGUUUCUAUGGCUGCCUGUGAAGGGUAUCCGGGUGGAUAUUCCGAGCUCCGGGCUCAUUUACUUCGACGUGGAGUUGGUUUCCAAGCAGUUUUCCUUGUCGUUUUUCGAGACCCCGAAGGAUUGCAACGCCUUGGAGGCAGGCGACGUUGCAGGAGGAAAUGAUGUCUUUCUGCUGAGGAAUGAUCGCCUGCGAAGUGCUGAACAGAAUCGGCAUGGAAAGCUCUCGCGUAAAGGUUAUACGAGCGAGGAACAAAGGGCUGUUUCAUGAAUUGAGGCAGACAAAGGAUAUGAAAUGCAGGCAUUUAUGUAAGUCCUAACUAACACAUGUAUUUGUUGCUGUCGCAUGUUCUGGGGAUUGUAGUGCAGAACAAAUCGUUGGGAGUUGGGACAUGUAUGUAGAUUUGUCGCUUGCGCAUUAAGUUUAUGGUCGUGUUUAUAGUUAGCGGUUUGAAGAUUCGGAUGUUGUGUGAACGAGAUGUUGUUAUUAAUUAUAUAUGUACUUGCUCAAGACCAAUGUUUGCUUUGGUGGAUGGGAUGUAAAUUAAAUUUUAGUGUUUUGAAAUGAUGAAUUUGUGUUUUCUCCUCUUA